AUGGAUACCCCGCACGACACUCUCACGCAAGGCUCGGACGUACCAAUUACGAGAGGAGAGAAGCCGAUAUGGGAGACGGAGAAUGUACGGAUGGCGGCAGCUCGUCACAAUGCUAUCGUUCCUGCCAACCGACUCCCUAACGAGUUGCUGGUGGAGGUCGUCCAGUACAUCGUCGAUGAAGAUAAGCCCAUGGAUCUUUUCUCCGUCACAAGUGUAUGCAAUUAUUGGCGAGACGUCGCACUCGCAACACCCAUGCUCUGGUCUACCAUCGACACUGGGCUCGCCUCCCUGCAAUGUGUGGAAACAUUCUUAGAUCGGUCGGGCGAUGCGCUCUUGCGUGUGUUCAUGCAGGAUUUUAAGUCAAAAAGCGAUAUUGCAGCUGUGGUACAAGCAAUCAAGUCGAACGUGGAGCGAAUUGUUCACCUUAGCAUCAGCAUGGGGUUCGACAACGACUCGCUGUUUUCCCUCCCUUUUACACUGGUAAAUGCUCCCAUGGAGCGGCUGGAGCACCUCGCCCUUCGAGGACACGGGACAGAGCCGGAGCAGAUCCUUUUCGAGCCGACUGACGAAUACUUUCCUCGUCUCCACUCCUUGAGGCUACAAUCCGUCUAUGUUUCAUCAUCAUCCCCACGACUCGCGGUGUUGACGAGUCUCGAGCUUGUUGAUCUGCCGAUAUCCUCCGGAGAUGAAGAGAUGCAACGAUUUUGCGACAUGCUUGACGCAUGUUCUCAAUUACGGUCAUUGAGCAUGAUCAGGGUCGGCCUCAUCGGCGGCCGCGCACUCUCCUCUCGCAAGGUUUCCCUCCCGCGUCUGAGAGAUCUCACCCUCUCCGCCCCGCUCACCAAUGUACUUUGCCUCCUUCAUCUUCUCUCGUACCCACCGACAACACGACUCACGCUUGAUGUGUCAGUCGAGCUCGAGACGGACGCAUACAGCCUGUCCUGCCUGUCCUUUCUCCCACGCUUGAAUAUAUCCUCCAUAAAGACCGCAGCGUCCAUCGAGAUAUGUUGCUCAUCCUGGCAAGACUUCUCCCUGCGAACGUGGAGCGUCCCUCGAGCACAUGGGUCGCAGGGCUCCGAGUUAUCAGCACCCGAUAUCGACAUUCAUAUUCGACGAUUCUAUGGCGCAGACUAUCGAUUGGCAGAUGCAGUCGUCAAAAUCGCCGACAUAUUUUCCGCUGCCCCGGUGGAGUGUUUAGCGAUUAGCAAACAGAAGGGAAACCUACCCCCGCACGUCUGGCGCGAUAUUUUCUCCACGUGGCCCCAUCUAUCCAGAGUUGAAUUGGGCCCCACGACGAUAUGUAGCGCCCUUUUCGACGCCUUGGCUCGAGGUUCCUAUGGUAUAGCUUGCCCACCAAUGGCACUCGAUGACGGAAGUAAAUCGAGAGACAGUGCAAGACACGGAGGAAACGACCGUGUCCCCGAACCUUAA